GUCCCCUGCUGAUAUGACGAUCGCUGCUGCUGGGUCACACCAUGCUCAAGAGGCAGAAUCCCAGCACUCCAGAACGCAGCAGGGAUCUCGCAGCCGAUGGAGGAGCUCUGUCCAUGUCUCACAAUGACUCACGCUCUUUUUUCAACUUAUCUCAGCUGGUGCUCUCUGCUGGCCAAAUCAAACCAUCACCAGCGCUCAAACAUUCAAAAAUCACGUACUUUGAAGUAGAGAUUGUUGAUGUGCAAAGCAAGAAGCAGAUCUGCAUUGUGGACAAGGUACCUCCAGCAUCUACCAUUCUUGAUGUGAAACACAAAUUUCACAAAGCAUGUCCCCAGUGGUACCCAUCCCGUGUUGGCCUGCAACUAGAACGCAAUGGGCCCUUUUUGAAGGAUUCCACCAGCAUCCAAAGCCUUGCUGUCUCCUCCAUUGUCACACUGUAUUUUACAGACCUGGGUCAGCAGGUUGGUUGGACCACAUUUUUUCUAACAGAAUACACCGGGCCUCUCCUCAUAUAUUUGCUCUUUUACAUUCGCCUCUCGACUAUUUAUGAUCAAGUGGAAAGCAGGAAGAAUUUCCGCCACCCAGUGGUUCACUUGGCCUGCUUCUGUCACUGUUUACACUACAUCAGACAUCUUCUGGAGACAUUAUUUGUUCACAAGUUUUCGGAAGGGCACACUCCUCUGAAAAAUAUGAUAAAGGGCUGUGCCUUUUACUGGGGAUUCACAUCCUGGAUCGCAUACUACAUCAACCACCCGCGGUACACGCCACCAUCAUUUGGCCACAAACAAGUUUCUUAUGCUGCUCUUGCUUUUCUGAUGUGUGAAGCUGGAAAUCACUUUAUCAACGUAGCUUUAGCUCACCAAACCAAUUCAGGAAAUAGGACCUGUUUUCCAAGUCCAACCUACAACCCCUUCACGUGGCUCUUCCUGCUGGUGUCCUGUCCCAACUAUACAUACGAGGCUGGGUCUUGGAUUAGUUUCACAGUGAUGACACAAACUCUGCCAGUUGGCAUCUUUGCUUUCCUGAUGGUCAUCCAGAUGUCUCUGUGGGCCCAGAAGAAACACAAGCUGUAUCUGAAGAGAUUUUAUCCAGAAGUGAGGAGAAAAGCAGCUAUGAUUCCCAUCAUCUUCUGA